AUGAGUGCUGAACUAUCUUCACGUGAUAUGCUGAUUGCUAACUGGUACUUUAACGAUGCAUUAGGCUAUAAAGGUCAAACUCCUACACCUGAAGCUGCGUCCGUUUAUAUGAAGGCUCUCAUAGAUAUAGUUUCAGCCGAUGGAGUACUUGCUAAGGAGGAACUCAAAUGGAUAUUAGGCUUUGCUGCUACUAUUGGUAUGUCACAAGAUAUGCUUGAUGAACUUCAGACUUAUGAACCAGGCAAAUGCGAAGAAGUCCAGUAUAUUUUCCAAGAUCUAGAUCUAAUAUCUACAAGUAUUAGUCGAUUGAGCUUUAUCUACAAUGGAUUUCGAGCAGCAAGUGCUGAUGGUGAAUUACAUCCUAAGGAACUUAAAGCUAUCUAUAGUAAUAUACCAUAUAAAGAACAAAUUAUUGAUUACUUAAUACCAUUUAAUUCAUUUGAAGAUUGUGAUGAUUACAUAAUAAAUGUUCAAAGUGAUCGGAAAAUUCUUCUUGUUUUAAUUAAUUUCUUUGAAUAUGUUUCAUAUUAUAAUGAUUUUCCUCAAAUUCAAUCAAUUUAUGUUUUGGAAAGAAAUCUUCAAAAUAUAAAUUAUGAAAAUCAGACUUAUUCGAAACGAGUUAAUACUUUUACAAAUGAACAUGCAUUAAUUGAACGAUUACGUCAAGAUAUUCUAUUAACAUAUAGAAAUGAUUUAUCAAUAAGUAUUUCUUCAUUACAGGAAAUUACAAAUGAACAAUCUUUAACAAAUUUAGAUCAAAAUACAUUUAUGUUUUUAUGGAAUCAUUUAUUUAUUUAUUAUCUUGUUAAUUCUUCUGAUAUAGAUAUGAAUAAAUUAAAAAAAGAUAUGAUAGAACAAUGUCGAUUAGAAUAUCAAAAUGAAGAAGUUCAAUUAAAUUCUAUUAAUGAUUUUGAGAAUAAUUGUACAUUGGAUGAUGCAUUAUAUUGGUAUACAAAAGAACCAUUCGUUUAUAAACUUGUAAAUAAAGCAUUUCGUACACGAAAUGUUGAUCUAAUUUGUAGAUUUCGAUAUUUUAUUAUACUUUUACAUAGAAAAUUAAAAGAAUUAUCAAUACAACAACAAAAAAUAAAUUAUACAAUUGUUUAUCGAGCACAAACUCUUCGUAAAAAUGAUUUAGAAACUUUAAAAUCAAAUAUUGGAAAUCUUAUUUCAACAAAUACAAUAAUGUCAACAACACGUAAUAAAAAUGUUGCUGAUAUGUUUUUAAAUACUACAGCUGAAAUUAAUGUUAUAUUCAAAAUUAAUAUUGAAAAUGCAACUGAUUAUAUUUUUUAUACAUUUGCUGAUAUUUCUGAAUUUAGUCAAUAUCCACAGGAAGAAGAAACUUUAUUUUUUCCUGGUUCAGUUUUUCAUAUUGAUUCUGUUGAAAAAGAAAAUAAUUCAACAUGGAUAAUUAAACUUACUUUAAAUAACGAUACGGCUGAACAGAUAGAACAACUAAUGAAUGUCAUUCAAAAACAAUUUACUAAUAAAAUAAAUUUGGAUUAUUCCUUUAUGAAAAUAGAUGAUUUCAAUUUGUUCAGAAAAUAUUAUAGAAUAUUAACAAAUAAAAAAUUUACAUUUAAGGAUGCAAUCACAAAUGCAAUAGGUGGUAUUGAUUUUGAUUAUCUAUUCAGAAACUUCGAUAAAAAAUUUAUUGAUAAUGCAAAAUUUAUUGUUUUCAAUCUUCUUAUUGGUAAUAAUUAUUUUCGUCUAUUUGAAUAUGAUAAUGCUUUACAUCACUAUGAUAUUGCAAUUUCAUCAUUAGAUAAUAAUAAUAAUCAAUUAAUAGGUGAAAUUUACAAUCAUAUUGGUGAUGUACAAAAAGCAAUGAAUAAUUUUCAAAGUGCAUUAUUAUAUUAUGAAAAAGCACUACAAAUUUUUACUAGUCAUAAUGUUAAAGAUCGUUAUUUUUCUAGUAUGUAUAGAAAAAUAUCUGAUAUAUAUCAAAUACAAAACAAAAAUAUAGAUGCUAUUAUUUAUGAAGGAAAAGCAAAUCAAAUUGAUAAACGUUAUAGACAAAGAUCAGAAUUAGAUCAUAAAAUAUCAUUGGAAUAUUAUCAAAAUCAAUUAAAUACUCAACUUAAUCUUUUACCGCAUCAACGAGCUGAUAUACUGUAUUCAAUAGGUGUGUGUUUAAUAAAGAAAUGUGAUUAUCAACAAGCAUUAGAAAAUCUUUUACAAGCAAAGAAAUUGUUCGAAAAUCAUUUACCAACACAUGAUCAUUUUGCAUAUAAAUUUGGUACACUUUUCGAAUGAUAUGAUAAACAAAUGUCAUUAAUAUUACUUUCUGAUGGAACAACUUAUUUCGAUGUAACGACGAUACCAAAUGAAAAUCAUAAUCAAAUUGAACUAAGAGAAGAUGAAUGUCUUGUUAGUCCAAUAUCUCCAGAUUUAUAUGAAGGAAAAGUAAGAAUUAUUAAUGAUCAAAUUAAUUGUUAA